UUACAUGAUAAAUGAAGUGUAUCAGUUUCAGUACUCCAGACCGGUGAGGAAGGGAGAGAAGGACCCAGACAACGAGUUCUCGAACAUGUGGAUCGAGAGAACCACUUACACCACGGCCUACAAACUGCCUGGGAUCCUGCGCUGGUUCGAUGUCAGGUCUGUCUCCACGGAGGAGAUCAGCCCAUUGGAGAAUGCCAUGGAGACGAUGCAACUGACCAAUGAGAAGAUCAGCAACAUGGUGCAGCGUCACCUGAAUGAUUCCAACCUUCCCAUCAACCCCCUCUCCAUGCUGCUCAACGGCAUCGUGGACCCCGCUGUCAUGGGCGGUUUCACCAACUACGAGAAGGCAUUCUUCACAGAGAAGUAUCAAGCGGAUCACCCUGAGGACCAGGAGAAACUGGACAAACUGAAAGACCUCAUCUCAUGGCAGAUCCCUUACCUAGCUGAUGGAGUUCGUAUCCAUGGAGAGAAAGUGACAGAGGCUCUGAGGCCUUUCCAUGACCGCCUGGAGGCCUGCUUCAAACAGCUCAGAGAGAAAGUGGAGAAACAGUACGGAGUCAAGACACUGCCUGCGGUGGAUGACAGACGAGGGACCCGUCCUCGCUCUCUGCUGCGUUCCUUCACCAUGUCCUCACAACAGAGACUCUCUGUGGCUUCAGUCAACUCCAUCUCCUCUGACAACUCCCCCUCCAGACCUGGCUCAGAUGGCUUUGCUCUCGAGCCUCUGCUGCCAAAGAAGUUGCACUGCAAGUCCCAGGACAAGCUGGAGCGCGACGAGUCGGAGAGGGAGAGGAAGGACAAGAAGAAAGAGAAGAGGAACAGUAAACACCAGGAGAUCUUUGACAAGGAGCUGAAGACCACCGACAUCUCCCUGCAGCCCGCCGAGGCAGUCAUACUGUCAGAGACGAUCAGCCCACUGAGGCCUCAGAGACCAAAGAGUCAGGUGUUGAACCUGUUGAGUGGAGACCGUCGUAUCUCUGUGUCCCCCGGACCCCCCCAGCCCCAGUCCUCCCCGGGCCCCCCACCCAUCACCCCCAGGAACAAACUGUCCUUCAGCCUGCUCACCGUCUCCAGUCUGGAGCUGAACGGGAUGGGGGUUGAUAAAGGAGAGACUCCUCCCCCCCUGCCCGUGAAGGGCAUCUCUGCUGAUUAUGGGAACCUGCUAGGAGAUAAUCAAGACUUGACGAGUCCCUCCACCCCUCCCCUGACACACCAUCAAAGGCAUUUGCCACCUCCUCUUCCCAGCAAGACCCCUCCUCCCCCUCCCCCUAAGACCACCAGGAAACAAGCCUCCAUCGAUUCAGGAAUUGUACAAUAAACAAUGACAUUAAGACACCCGAUUUAAAACACACAAGGUUCUUUCCCCUCUGCAAUCCCCCCCUCCCUCAUCCCCCCCUCAUCCCCGCUCAACACAAGGCUGCGUUAACAAAAUGGCGACCUAGUUCCAAUAAUGGACUACUUUUCACCAUCGGGUUCUGGUCAAACGUAGGGCACUAUAUACUGAACAGGGUGCCAUUUGGGGAAACAGCCGCAGUCUGACCAGGAGUGGAAGAAGAGUAUCUCACUCAGGCAACACUCCUUAUUGAGCCAUUCAUCUUGUCCGUGUCCCAAACGGCACCCUAUUCCCUAUAUAGUGCACUACUUUUGACCACGGCCGAUAGGGCUCUGGUUAAAAGUAGUGCACUACGUAGGGAAUAGGGUGCCAUUUUGUGGCAGAGCCUCAUUGAUCCUUUUCAAUUUUGCCUCAAGUGUGAUGAUGCGGUCUACUCUACCAUAGGUAGAUAGGUGAAGCAGUUUCACAUGAUUACUGGUCACUGAAUUUAUUGAUGCGAUCUACCAUCUAGGACUCCCUUCUCCACGUGAUACCAGUUCAGGCCUUUAGAAUGCUAUGAGAUCGUGUUCCACCUAUAGAACCUUUAGAAUGAGUGAAAUGAAUAUAGAAUCAGAACCAGGUGAAUGAAGCGUUCUCGGGUUCUGUCUUUGACCAAUAGACAGGCUGGUGAGUGACGACCAACAUUCUGACCCCUCCCACCUGCCCUUAGGAGCUGUGAGCACAUAGUCACAGAAAACAUGUUUUUUAUUCUGUGGUUUAUCUUUUGUAUCCAUAGUAACAGAAAACAUCCAUUUUAUUCAGUGGUUCAUCUUUUUCUAUCCAUAUUCCCGAUUUGUACAGAGGUUUGUAUAUAGGAUUUUAUUUUCAUUUCAUUUUUUUUAAUGUGGAAUUUAUCAUGACUUUUAUUUUGUAUUAACAUUGCAUUAGAUUAACAGGUUUGCAUUUAUACCCCCCCUCCUCCCCCAAUAAAAAAAUAAAAUGUUUUUUAAAGUUUUUAAAUGACAGGGACUAUAAAGAAUUGGUAUGUGAGAAUCUGCCUAUCGUUGAUUUUCUGGGUAAGGUUUGUGUUUUCUUUGCAGUGAACACAACUAACUCCCUCCUCCUUCAUCAUACAUCGUCAUUGUAUAGGAUUUUAACGCUGUAACAUUGACUGUUUCCAAUUCACUACUGACUUCUGAAUAAACUUUCUCAACUGGA